CAAAGCGACAACACUCUCAUAGCAUAUUAUGUUAACCGAUAAUACAACUGGGAGUAGAUUUUGGUUAAAGCAGGGUGUGCAUCUCGUCUGAAAUAUAUGAAAAUUUCAAAUUCAGAUGUUUAAACAUUAACACUAUUUAAAUGGCGCGGAAAGAGCUGCUAGCCAUCUGCUAUUGGAUGCUAAUUGUUUAAGCAAAAUUAGACAUGAUUGCACAUGUCGUGUGUGGAGCACAAUGAUCAUAUAUGUGAAGUCAGUUUCAUGUAUGUGUGUUUCAGUCGGGGGUGGGGGGGUGGUUAAGGACAGAAUAUGUCACUAUAUGAUCUGGGGGUCGCGACUAGCUACACUAAAACAGAAGGAUGGUCGAAAAACUUCAAACUCCUUCAGUCUCAGCUGAAAGUGAAGAAAGCCGCUUUGACACAAGCAAAGAUAAAAGGAGUGGGAACCCUGAAGUAUGGAAGAGAAAUGAACUUCACAUCCUUUUGCAGACUCCAGGGAUGCAGCAGUCUACUGUUCUAGCUCCAGUUGUUGAUUUGAAGAGAGGAAGUUCUGUAGAUGACAGACAGAUCUCUGAUGCACCUCCACACAUUGGUGCAGGAAUGAAGGACUCUGUGACUUGUGGCUUUUCGUCUGGAGACGUGCUGAUCCUGUUGGGUGACGAGUAUGACCCCAUGUUUCCCAACAACUACGAGAAAGUGGUGAAGAGACACAGAGAAGAACGACAGAGGCAGAGAGAGCUGGAGCGACAGAAAGAGAUUGAAGAGAGAGAGAGAGAGAAUGGUACAGUGGCUCAUAAAAUCAUGCAGAAAUAUGGAUUCCGGGAAGGGCAGGGUCUGGGGAAACACGAGCAGGGCUUGAGCACAGCACUCUCAGUGGAGAAAACCAGCAAGCAUGGGGGCAAGAUUAUUAUUGGAGACUCAGCAGAAAAGAGUGAGAGCGCAUACUUACACAAAUACCACGUACAAGCCCACACUUCAUACGCCCAAGAUCCAAUCAGAAUGUGGCAGAUACACAUGGGGCAUCAGCGGAUUCCUCAAAGAAAAACUAGAUCAACCCUCUUACAGAGAUUCUCAAAUGUCCUACGAAGGUGGUGUUACUGCGGAACAUGGUUGGAAGGGGAGAGGUGGAUGAAGACCUGGAAGCCAAGACUAAAGAAGAGUGUGAGAAAUACGGCAAAGUGGUCAAGUGUGUGAUCUUUGAGAUCUCAGGUGGGUCUGAUGAUGAGGCAGUUCACAUUUUCCUGGAGUGGUCUUUAUUUAAGGCUCCCCAGAUAUCACUUUGAAAAGCAGGUAAGUGUAUGAGGGCCAUCCCUGAGGUGUUACAUCACCUGGCUGGUUAC